GUUCCGCAAAACGUCGAUUUGUUAUCCGCGAAGCAUCCGGAGCAAGCGUGUGCCGUUGUGAACUACAGGUGGUGCUGACGGCCGACUUAAAUAUCCCCUCCGCUACCCGGUCAGCCGAUCACAUCUCGUGUACAUUCGCACGAAUAGCGCGAUACGUUUUUCAUGUUUGGUGUUACCUCCCCCAAAUACAUCACCGAUAAAUGCAUUCCCAGACGAGGUGAACGCGGCUCACGUAGCCAUAAAGUGAGCGCGAUUCCGCGCAACGCUUCGCUGGGACGAGCUGGUCACUGUAGUCGGAGCAAGUUUCAUGACCUUCAACGUUUGUUGCUCCAAAUCGUGUUGACUUGCUGGUGAUAGGUGAUUUAAGUAUCCACUAUGCUGCGAAGGAAACAGCAAAGGCAUCGCCCCAUCGGGGAAGAUACUCGAAUCGCAGUGAACUUGACUAUAAAAAAAUUGUUGAGCAGCCCGGAUCAGAAGGAGCUGGAGUUUCCAUCGUCGUAUACAGCAGAGGAGCGGGCGUACAUCCAUGAAUUGGCUAGAGAGCUGGGCUUGAAGUCAAAAAGUCGAGGGAAAGGUACAAAUCGCUUCUUGACAGUAUACAAGAGAGAAGGUUCAACAAUAGUUCAAGCUGAUGCUGUGAUAAAAUUGCAAAAACAUUCGAAGCAGGGUAUAUAUAAUUUAAUGCAGACUUUUCCAUUAAAUCACAAAGAAUGCCAAGACUUGCUUCCUCCAAUUGAAAGAGAACGUCCUCUUAAUAAUGAUGUAAAUACAAAUACUAAGGCUAUGGGAAGGUUAAACAACAGCAUACCACAAGUUCCUCAAUUAAAAACUAAUUUUGAUGUGCUGCAGUUCCGCAAAUCUCUGCCAAUUUUUAACGCGAGGGAAGAAAUUCUUAGUGCAUUAAACAAUCAUCAAGUGAUCAUAAUAGCAGGUGAAACCGGAUGUGGUAAAACCACACAGGUGCCACAAUAUAUCUUGGAACACUAUCAACAGAAGCAUCAACCUUGUAGAAUUAUUUGCACACAGCCCAGGCGCUUGUCGGCAGUAUCCGUGGCCGAGAGAGUAGCGUUUGAAAGAGAUGAAAAAAUCGGCCAGACUUUUGGAUAUCAAAUAAGAUUGGAAAGUAGAGUUGCUCCUAAAACUCUUCUAACAUACUGCACGAAUGGAGUAUUGCUUAGGACUUUAAUGGGCGGCGAUUCCGCCUUAACUACGCUCACGCACAUCAUUGUUGACGAGGUUCACGAACGUGACAGAUUCUGUGACUUCCUUUUGAUAGCUUUGAAGGAUGCAUUAGUUAAAUAUCGUUCCUUGAAGCUGAUACUUAUGAGUGCCACGAUGGAUACUUCUAUCUUUGCCAAGUAUUUCAAUAAGUGCGUAGUUAUUAACGUUCCUGGUCGAUCAUACGACGUGGAUGUAUACUUUUUGGAAGAUAUUUUGAAAAUGACUGGUUACAUGACGAAGGAAAUGCUUGUAAAGAAGAAGGAGUUUUUAAAGUGGAAAGAUAAACAGAAGACUUUGGAAUCUUGGAAACAAUACAAACCUCAGCAUUCAAAUAAAAGUACCAAAAGCGAGAAGAGUUUAUUGCCUGCUCCAAUUUUAGCCCAGCAGAGCGAUCCUAUACCGGAGAAAAUUAAGCUAGAACCCUGGCUGAUAGAAGAAAUGGACAAAAGUAUUUUCGAUGCAUGGGUAAAUGGUAGAGAGGAUAAUUUUGCGCAGCUUUUACAUUUUAUAUUAUCGGAAAACGUUUCUGUAGAUUAUCAGCAUUCAGAGACUUUUAUAACACCGUUGAUGGCUGCCGCAGCUAGAGGUUGCAUAAACACAACUGAGCAACUUCUAAAUCUAGGUGCGAAUCUCAAUUUGAGGUCUGCUAAUGAUUGGACCGCGUUAGACUGGGCAAAGAGUAGGAAUCAUACCGAAUGCGCUGAAUUAAUCGAAGCUUAUAUGAAAACUUAUGAUUGUGCGGUACCAAAUAACGAACUAGCGCAGGUCACGGAGACGUCACUCUCUGAAGAAGAUAAAUUAUUACUUGAUAUAUAUCAUCAUACAUUCAAUGAUGAUAAUAUCGAUUAUGAUCUAUUGUUAGAAUUGGUCUUUUACAUCCAUUUAAAAAUGCCUACCGGCUCUAUUUUGAUAUUUUUACCGGGAUACGACGACAUAGUUACAAUGAAAGAAAAGAUAAAUUCGGAAGACAAGAAGAUGAAUCAAGGUUUACGCUACAAUUUAUUUGUUCUUCACUCAAAUAUGCAGACUUGCGAUCAGAAGAAGGUGUUUAAACCUAGUCCUCAGGGCACGCGAAAGAUUAUCCUUUCCACGAAUAUAUCAGAGACUAGUAUUACGAUUGACGAUGUCGUGUACGUCAUUGAUUCUGGAAAAGUUAAAGAAAAGUCUUUCGAUGCCAUAUCAAGUGUUUGUACAUUGACUUCAAACUGGAUAUCUCAAGCUUGUGCAAAGCAACGGAAAGGUCGAGCAGGUAGAUGCAGGAGAGGAAUCUGCUAUCGUUUGUUCUCUUCGAUCCGAUACAGUAAUAUGCAGGCUUAUCAAACACCUGAAAUUCUACGAUUACCGCUGCAAGAACUCUGUUUAUACACGAAACAUUUAACAUCGGGAAAUACACCUAUAGCUGAAUUUCUGGAUAAAGCUUUGGAGCCGCCAUCUAACGUAGUGACCAGGAAUGCAGUACAAUUAUUAAAGACAAUUGAUGCAUUAGAUCCGUGGGAAGAUUUAACUGAAUUAGGCAGUCAUUUAUUAGAUUUGCCAAUUGAACCAAGACUCGGGAAGAUGCUGUUAUAUGCUGUUGUCCUCAAAUGUUUGGAUCCCAUUUUAACGAUUGUUUGUAGUUUAGCAUACAAAGAUCCUUUUAUAUUACCAUCACAACCGUCGCAAAAGAGAGCUUUGACCGCGGCACGAAAAAAAUUUGCCACCGCAACGUAUUCGGAUCAUAUGGUAGUCCUUCGAGCGUUCCAAGGCUGGCAGAACGCCAGAGCAACCGGCAAGGAACGUGCUUUUUGCGAGAAAAAUUUCAUCUCCGCUCCCGUAAUGGAGAUGGUAGUUGGAAUGCGUACUCAACUUCUCGGUCAGUUGCGCGCGUCUGGCUUUGUCAGAGCCAGAAGUCCCGGGGAUAUUCGAGACUUAAAUUCAAAUUCGGAAAAUUGGGCUGUCGUGAAAGCGGCUCUGACCGCGGGCUUGUAUCCCAACUUAAUUCGAGUUGAUCGGGAGCACAUGCAGCUACGGACACAGAAAGAGGUCAAAGUAUUCUUUCAUCCCUCGUCAACGUUAAGAGAUUAUCCAAAGUCUUCGAGAAUGACGUCCGCGCAAACGCAUUGCACCAAUGUGCAAUCCUUACCGUGCGACUGGCUGCUUUAUGAGGAAAUGAGUCGUACAGGACGUUUCUGUCAUGUGAAAAUCGUUACAGCCGUAAAUCCAUUAACUGUAGCAUUAUUUAGUGGACCAGCUAGAUUACCAAUGGAUGUAAUCUACGAAGCUGAAGCUGUACCGGAAAGCGAAUCGGAUUCAGAGGUUGAUGAAUUUCAUGAAGGAACUAUUUUUAAACUUGAUGAUUGGGUGGUGUUUAAACUUGAUCCUGAAGCAGCUCAACUGUUUUUACAUUUGCGACAGAAGUGGAACGCCUUGUUCCUCAGACGUAUGAAAGCACCAAACAAGGCAAUGUCGGCAUUGGAUGAAAAAGUUAUUAACACUUUGGUAACUGUAAUCACGAAUGAGGAACAAGCGUGUGGCCUCCAGCAGCCCGCUGGCAUCGGCCAACGUCCGCGUCCGUUAAUUGUCGAUUAUUACCCUGCAAAUGUUAGAAGAGAUGAUUAUUCGGAAAGAUAUUUCUAAAGCAAGAAGAGGAAAUGUAGUUCGUUGUG